AUGGAGAUCGCGCUGGUGACUUUGGAGAACGGCGGCACCACGGCCAUCGCGGGCGGCGACGAUGCCGCGGCCGCCGGCGGCCGGGCGCGCUGGCGGGGCAACUUGCUGCACCUCGCCGGCUCGCCGCAGAUGAGCGACGGCAAAGAGAGCGCCCCGCCGCCGCCCGCGGGGGACGAGGAGCGGGAGCGGUCCCCGCCGGGUCCCCGCGCAGGAGGCAGCGGCGGCGCGGGCGGCCCCGACGAGCGGCCGGCGGAGCUCCGCGCAGCAGCCGCGCCGCCGCCGCGGCCGCCGCCCCGCGCCCCGCGCCCCGCCGCGGACAUGGGGCCGUCCGAGGAAGGGGGGCACCGCCGGGGCAUGGCCAUGGCUGCGGCGGGCGACGAGGAGGAGGAGGCGGCUGCGGCCAACCCAGGCGCUAUGCACCACCAGCGGGUGCUGAUCAACAUCUCGGGACUGCGCUUCGAGACGCAGCUGGGCACUCUCAACCAGUUCCCCGACACGCUGCUGGGGGACCCCGACAAGCGCAUUCGCUACUUCGACCCGCUCCGCAACGAGUACUUUUUCGACCGCAACCGGCCCAGCUUCGACGGCAUCCUCUACUUCUACCAGUCCGGGGGCAAGCUCCGCCGGCCCGUCAAUGUCUCCAUCGACGUCUUCGCCGACGAGAUCCGCUUCUACCAGCUGGGUGAGGAGGCCAUGGAGCGGUUCCGGGAGGACGAGGGCUUCAUCAAAGAGGAGGAGAAGCCCCUGCCCCGUAAUGACUUCCAGCGCCAGGUCUGGCUCAUUUUUGAGUACCCCGAGAGCUCCAGCUCAGCCCGGGCCAUCGCCAUUGUCUCCGUGCUGGUCAUCCUCAUCUCCAUCAUCACUUUCUGCCUGGAGACCCUGCCCGAGUUCAGGGACGAGAGGGAGAUGCCCGUACCUCUGCCUCCCCAAGGUGGAGGUUUGAAUGGUACACCCGGGGACUCCCCACCCAUGCAGCCACCCAGUAGCCUGGCUGACCCCUUCUUCAUUAUCGAGACCACCUGUGUGAUCUGGUUCACCUUUGAGCUCCUCGUGCGCUUCUUUGCCUGCCCCAGCAAGCCCGAGUUCUCCCGCAACAUCAUGAACAUCAUCGACAUCGUGGCCAUCAUCCCCUACUUCAUCACCCUGGGCACCGAGCUGGCCCACGAGCAGCAGCAGCCUGGGGCUGGCAGUAACAAUGGGGGUGGGGGCCAGCAGCAAGCCAUGUCCCUGGCCAUCCUCAGAGUCAUCCGCCUGGUCAGAGUCUUCAGGAUCUUCAAGCUCUCCAGGCACUCCAAGGGGCUGCAGAUCUUAGGACAGACUUUGAAAGCCAGCAUGAGGGAGCUGGGCCUCCUCAUCUUCUUCCUCUUCAUUGGGGUGAUUCUCUUCUCCAGCGCCGUCUACUUUGCUGAGGCUGAUGACCCCGAGUCUCAUUUCUCCAGCAUCCCUGAUGCUUUCUGGUGGGCUGUGGUAACCAUGACUACUGUGGGCUAUGGGGACAUGAGACCUGUCACUGUGGGGGGCAAGAUUGUGGGCUCCUUGUGUGCCAUCGCUGGUGUGCUCACCAUUGCCCUCCCUGUCCCUGUCAUCGUGUCCAACUUCAACUACUUCUACCACCGAGAGACUGACCAUGAAGAGCAGGCUAUCCUCAAAGAUGAGCACAGUAGUGCUCAGGGCAGCACUGCGGGGGGAGAAGUGAAGAGAAGACCCAGUAAAAACUCCCUGAACAAAUCUGUUGUGCACUUGGAAAACAGUGAGGAGUUCAACAAUGGCACCAGGUCCUUAGAAAAAGCACAUAUCAAAGCAAAAAGUAAUGUAGAUCUCAGAAAAUCCCUCUAUGCUCUCUGUCUGGACACCAAUAGGGAAACAGACCUGUGAGGAGAGGAGACGGUUAGAGUUCAAGAGGAGCAGAAGGAUUUUCUGGUGUCAGAAACUUGCUACUAUAAUUAUUCUUUUAGUACCAAUUAGUUUUUUAAGUCAGGCUGUGUUUUACAAAUUGAUCACUGUCCUGAGCAGUCCUCCAGGAGUACAUAUUUUUAUGUCCUUUUUCCCUGACACAAAGGGUCACCUAUUUUUAAAAUAGACUAAGAAUAAGCUACCCUCCAUGAUGCAGGAGCUGGUAAAUUAUGACAGUGAAAAAUCUAAUUUGUAGAAACUUAUUUUAG